GGGGAGGAGCCUCGCGGCCGCUGCGCAAGCCCUCCGCUCGCCUUCUGACGGCGUUUCCCAUGGCUGACCCUGCUGCUCCUCUCUCUCUGGGCCCCGGUGCCCGGGCUUCCAGCGCCCACCGGAAUGCUGCAGGUACUAAACAGACAAGUGCCCUCAAACCAGAAGAUGCUUCCAGAAGACGAGCAGAACUAGAAGCCGCAGUGCAAAGGAAGGUGGAAUUGGAGAGGAAAGCUGUGCGCAUCGUUGAGCAGCUGUUAGAAGAGAACAUCACAGAGGAAUUCCUGAAGGAGUGUGGGAUGUUCAUCACACCGGCUCACUAUAGCGAUGUCGUGGAUGAGCGGUCCAUCAUCAAACUCUGUGGCUAUCCUUUAUGUCAGAAGAAGCUGGGAGUUAUACCGAAACAGAAAUAUAAAAUUUCUACCAAAACCAAUAAAGUCUAUGAUAUCACUGAAAGAAAGUCUUUCUGCAGCAACUUUUGUUACAGAGCAUCUAAAUUUUUUGAAACACAAAUUCCCAAAACUCCAGUGUGGGUUCGAGAGGACGAGAGGCCUCCUGAUUUUCAGCUGCUGAAGGAAGGACAAAGUGGCCGUUCUGGAGAAGUAGUACAGUUCUUCAGUGAAGCCAUCACAGCAGCAGAUAUUGACAGUCCUGGUGCCUCUGACGCGCAGUGUGAACCGACAGCUUCCUGCACUGGGAGUGAUCCCACCAGUGAUGAUGAGCAAGGCUUUGUUUCUUCGCUCCUACCAGGAAACAGACCAAAGGCAGCCGAUACCAGACCACGGCUGCACAAAGAGAGCAGCGUAAAGAAAAAGAAAGCUGGUCAGAAAGUGAACUCCACACACAGAGAGCAGGCAAUGGCAGAUGUCACCGCGCAGUUGGGUAAUUGCAGAUUAGGUAGUCAGGAGAAAGCAGCUGUCUGUGAACUUCCUUCAAAGAAAGAAAGUACUCAGAUUUCUUCACCUGGCCCUUCGUGUGAAAGACUAAACACUUCAGCAGUUUCUGACAGUAGACACAGUAUGUCAGAAGUUACCCUUGUAGGUAUAAGCAAGAAAAGCGCUGAGCACUUCAGGAGCAAAUUUGCCAAAUCUACCCAGGGUUCUGGGUCAGCCUCUGGCUCAGUGCAGGUGUGUCCUGAGAUUGCAAAGGUGAACUUGCUUCGUGUUCUAAAGGACACUUUGACUGAAUGGAAGACAGAAGAAACAUUGAAGUUUCUGUAUGGCCCAGAUCAUGCCUCUGUGUGUCUGAAACCGUCGUCAGCCCCUGUACCUGAUGAGGAAUUGGAUGAAGAUGACGUAAGCUGUGACCCAGGUGGUUAUGGUCCUGCCCUGAGCCAACCUCAGAAAAACUUGGAUGAGACACUACCCUUCAGAGGCUCAGACACAGCCAUUAAGCCAUUGCCAAGUUACGAGAGUUUGAAAAAAGAAACUGAAAUGCUGAAUCUGAGGGUCAGGGAGUUCUAUAGAGGACGCUAUUUUUUAAAUGACGAAACUACUAAGUCACAGCACCCGGAAGAGAAUGUGUUUGGGCGUGAUCCCAGCUUCCCACUGAUUGAUUCAAGUUCCCAGAACCAGAUUAGAAAACGGAUUGUUCUUGAAAAAUUGAGCAAAGUAUUGCCUGGACUUUUGGGUCCUCUUCAGAUUACAAUAGGCGAUAUUUACUCUGACCUUAAAAACCUUGUUCAGACUUUCAGAUUAUCCAGUCGAAACAUUAUCCACAAGCCCAUGGAGUGGACUUUAAUCGCUGUGGUGUUGCUGACAGUAUUGACACCGAUUCUUGGCAUUCAGAAGCAUUCUCCAAAAAAUGUGGUAUUUACACAGUUUAUAGCCACCCUGCUUACAGAACUGCAUUUAAAAUGUGAAGAUCUUGAAAAUUUAACCAUUAUAUUUAGAACCAGCUGCUAACAAGUAUGAUAUAAUUCAGGAAGAUAGAAGAUGAAUUUUACUCACCAUACCUGGAAUCUUAGCCAAUGAGGGUCCACAAGUGACUGCUGACUAAGAGCAUAACUUCCUCAGGCACAAGACAGCCAUGACUCCAGCAGGAAGAAGUAAGCCCUUACAACACAGGGUUUUUAUUUGAAAAGGAAAAAAUAAAGUGAAACUUGAAUGAAUAUUCAAGAAAAUGCAAUUACCUUUAUUUUUUUCUGGUUGAUAACAGAAAAAAAAAAAAACGUAAGAAAUUUUAAUUUUGGCCAGUUGUAAACUCUAU